UUAAGCCUGCGGGCCCAAUCCGAGAAGAGCUUUCAUGCAAGGCUGAUCAGUGUUUAGUGUUUGCCGCAUGAAUUUGUUUCUAAACUUGUCAUAAUACAAAAUGCUUUAUUUAGAGGAUUAUUUGGAAAUGAUCGAGCAGCUGCCGGAUGAGCUGCGAGACCGAUUUACUGAGAUCAGAGAACUGGACCUGCAGGUGCAAAAUUCGAUGGACAGUUUAGAAGAACGGGUUAAAGCAUUUUUUACCAACUGUAAAAAGAAUCCGACUAUGGAACAAAAGGCCAAAGAUGAGCAGUUUGAUAAAAUCAAACAGGAUUACUACAAGGCUUUGGAGGAUGCAGACGAUAAGAUCCAGCUAUCUACUCAGGUGUAUGACCUUGUUGACCGGCAUCUAAGAAAACUAGACCAAGAACUCUCAAAAUUCAAGAUGGAGCUGGAGGCGGAUAAUGCCGGAAUCACAGAGUACCUGGAAAGAAGAUCUUUGGAGCUAGACAAGCCUCCUCAGCCAGUCAACAAUCACAGACCAGAAAAGAGAAAAUAUGUGAUGUCGAACCACGUUGAAGCCAAGCGCGCUACAGCAGAAAAGAGCUUCUCUUCACUAAGCAACGAGCUACUACGAGACCCGACAGUCAUGAAGACUGGAGUUCCGUCGUCCGGUCUUGUGUCGCCCGGGCCCUCGUCGCAGCCUGCCAUCAGCUACAGUCUUGGUCAGAUCGGCUCUGGUAGCAACGCAAUAGCAACAGCGGCCUCCGCUGCCAUUGCUGCUACUCAACAGAUGUCACAAGGGAGGCGAACUGCGAGUCUGAAGGCAAGCUACGAAGCCAUGCGCAACUCGGAUCUGAAGAAUUUGUCGGUCGGCAGGGAGACGCUGAUAACGGCUGCAGCUGCAGCAGCAGUGGCGUCAGGCUCGGGGCCUGCGGUGGCCGAGACGCCGCGGUCAGCCCGCUCCAGCAAGAAGCAGAAGGCUUCCUCUGUUGCCAGCCUCCUUCAGGCCCAGCAGGUCGCAACAACACCGACAGAGGAGACGUACCAGGAGGAGGAGGGUGCGAAUGCGGGCGCAUCGUCGGAAACAACAGACUGGCAAUAUGAUCCCAACGAGCCGCGCUAUUGCAUCUGCAACCAGGUGUCGUACGGCGACAUGGUCGGCUGUGACAACGAGUCGUGUCCAUUUGAAUGGUUUCACUAUGAUUGUGUUGGAAUCACCCAGCCCCCCAAAGGCAAGUGGUACUGUCCUUCCUGUUCUGCUGCAAUGAAGAGGAGAGGGCAGAAACAAGAAAAAAAAGGAGACAAGGAUAAAAGUGACAAAUGAUAACUUAUAUAGAAUAAUAGCUAGGUUCCUUACCAUACAAUAGGCUUUUCCAGGCAUGUAUCGAGUUUUAUUGCUAUAUGUCCUUCUAUGCCUUGAGGUUUUUUUUAUAACAUGUUGCUGUAAUAAAAACGUAGUUGUAAAUAGCAAUGCUGGUCUGAGUUGGUGGGCUUCUUUUUGUAAUUAUGAGAUUUUCUAUGAAAAUUCUACAACUUUUCUGUAUUCUGGGUUAUGCGCUGUCAUAAACUUGUUGGAAAAAUCAUUUAAAAUUAACUUGUAGUCUUGAAGCAGCUAUGAGCUUUAGAGUUAGGGAUAGGUAAACUUGGCAAUGAUGUAAGAUUAUAUUGAUAUGGGCUUUGUGUUUAUGGCUUUAUCUAUACAUCGUAGCCGCAAUGACCACAUCAUUCUGAUAAAGUAAUGUUUGAAAGUGGAUUUUUUAUAUUGAUGGUUUCUGUAAAUAUGUGAUAUGCUAUUCCCCUUUAUAUAUAGAUUGUAAAUAAACAAAUCGAGUGUAGCUACAGCAAAA